AUGUCGGGUAUGCAGUCAAAAGCAGCCAGGCUUCAAAGGGAGCCCAAGGAAAAGCCGGCAGCAGGCACGGACAGGGAAAUGGCCACAUCAGCGGAUUUAAAGUACAGUGAUGUAUCGGCAGCCAUGAUGAAGAAGUUUAAUGCUUUAAUGGAAAUGCAAGACAUGAUGUUUGUAGAGAUGAGAGAAAGCCUGAAAAAUGAUCUAAAGGAAAUGCUGGUUAAACGUACACCACCUGAGGUGAAGAGUUCAGAGGACGGGGGAGAGCAGCGAGAAGGAGAAGAUUCAGCCUCAGAUUGGUCUAAGCCAGGAGAGAAAGUGAAGGAGGAAAGUUCUGGAACAGAGGAGGACCCUGGAAACCUCACUGUAAAAAGUGAGGAAAAGAGCAAGCUGAGUAGGAGGCAGUACAAAAAACAACCCUACAGCAUCCGCGCCAUGAAACCGUCACUAGAGAGGCUGGGAGAAGCCCCGCCUCGCGUAGGUGACAGGUGUAGAGAGAGCGGUGGCCAUGUAGAGGUCCUAGGCGAGGACCCGAAGAAUGGGCAGGACAAACCAGCCAAAGAAAGAAGGCGUCAUCAGAAUAAAGAGAACCUCCUAAAUGUCCCCAGAGACCCCAGCACACCGGAAGCGGGAGCCACCCUCAGGCUGGCUGCUGACUUCUCAGCAGCCACGCUGGAUAUCAGUAAGCAGUGGGGCCGCAUCUUCCGCCUUCUGAGGGAGGAGGGGCUGCAGCCCGAGCUGCGGUGCUCAGUUAAGUUAGCGUUUAAAUGUGAUGGCGAAGCAAAGACUUUCUCGGACCUUGACAGCCUCCGCCAGUUUACCAGCAGAAAGCCUUUUCUGAAAGAAUUACUGAAAGAUGUACUCCCGCCACGCGAAGCAAGAAACGGAGGACGAAGAAAUGAGCUUCAAGAAAGAUGGGGUAAAACUCUAGGAGACACAAAGCAUGAAGCUGGAGGAAAAGCAAGUGAUAGUUUGAGCUUCCUCUUCAUCAACGAGGUAGAAGUUGCUAGUCCGAACGUGAAGACUGAGGAAGAAGAAACAUUGGAAUUGAAGGAUAAAGAAACUCUCAAGUUGGAGAGGCAGGAGGCCUCAAGGCUAGAGGAGGAGGAAGAAAUCAUAGAUUUGGAGGAGGAAGAGGAGGAGGGCUCAGAGUUGGAGGAGGAAGAGGAGGAGGGCUCGGAGUUGGAGGAAGAAGAGGACUCAGAAUUGGACGAGCAGACCUCAGGGGAGGGGGAGGAGGUAGAGGAGCACUCAGAGCUAUCAAAGGAGGAAGAGGCCUCUGUCCUUCAUGAAACAGGAGGAUCAACCUUCCAAGGCCUUACUGUGGUCGAAGAGCGUGGCAUUGAGAAAAUCACCAGGAGUGGUGAGGAGAUUGGUUUGAUUAGUUUGAUAGCAGAUUCUGAAUCAGAAGAAGAAGGAAAUAUGAAGAUGACUUUCCAUAGUAAGAAAAAGGAGACCUUCCAUGGACUUAGAGAACUUGCCUUUAGCUACUUGGUUUGGGACUCUAAAGAAAAAAAGCUGGUUAAGUGCCAGCAGGGAGGAGCAGCCGCCAUGACUGGUCAGGGGGUCGGGAUGCCCUGCCUAACGUUGUACUUGGCUUCUGCAUCAGAAUCCCUAGAGGCAGGCAGUGAUGGUUCUAAAAACUAUUCAUGUACAAACCUGAGUGUCCCAUCACAAGUCACACCACUUCUAAUGAACACAGAGAAGGGGAGAUACAAGACCCCGCAAAUAGAAGAGCUCUCAGCCAAAGAAGCGGACUUGAUCCAUGAAACUGAGGAGAACUUUAGAAGAGGGGUGAUCAGUAUUAUCAGGCAGAUGCAAAGGGAGGUUGAAAACAUCAAGAAACUUUACUUUUUCGACGUCUUAAAUAUGAAGAGCUCCAUGGAUGAUCUGAAUUCCUUAGCGUGCAUGAUUGAGGCAAGAGUGAAUGAGCAGGAAGAUGCAGUGGAGGGCCUGACUAAGGAGACAAUGCAGUUGGCCAAGGAGAUCGUGGAUAAAGAAAGGCUGAGAGAGAGAGAGGAUAGACUGCGGAGCUCCAACAUCCGAGUGAUUGGAAUCCCAGAGAAAGAAAACCGCGAGAAUGGAGCAGAGGACAUAAUUAAGGAAAUAAUAGAAGAAAACUUUGCCGAGCUAGAAGACCUGGGUCUCGAGAUCGUCUGCGCUCAUCGAAUCCCUAAUGUGGUGGAUGAGCACAGGCUCACGCCUAGACACAUCUUAGUGAAGUUUUGGAGUGCUGGUGAUAAACAGAAAAUCCUAAAAGCUUCUAGAGCAAAAAAAGAAAUAACCUACAGAGGGUCAAAAAUCAGACUGACAGCCGACUUAUCACCUGGCACAAUAGAUGCGAGAAGUCAGUGGUCCGGGAUCAUUAAAGUUCUGCAAGAAGAAGGCUUUCAACCAAGAAUCCUUUAUCCUGCCAAGCUGGCAUUUGAUUUUAAGGGUAAAACCAAGGUAUUUUUUGAUAUUGAAGAAUUUAAAAAGUUUAUUUCUGAUAUACCCUUUCUGAAAGAACUGUUGAACAAUAUAGUUUAG